AUGGGGGAUCAAGUUGUGGCGAAUUCGAAACCUAAAGAAGGAGGAUCUUCAAUCAAGUGUCCUAUACUUAAUGCAACAAACUAUACUGUAUGGGCCAUGAGAAUGAAGAUACUAAUCAAGGUGCAUGAGGUCUGGGAGAUCAUAGAGACUGAAACAAUUAACGACAAGAAGAAUAAUAUGGCGAUGGCGCUAUUGUUUCAGUCAAUACCAGAAGUACUUAUACUUCAAGUUGGAAAACUUGAUACUGCCAAGAAGGUUUGGGAGGCGAUCAAAACACGUCACGUGGGAGCGGAAAGAGUUAAAGAGGCAAGACUACAGACAUUGAUGGCCGAUUUUGAUCGACUCACAAUGAAGGAGACAGAGACAAUAGAUGAGUUUGCGGGGAAGCUCUCGGAGAUAUCAUCAAAAUCAGCAGCAUUAGGAGAGGAUAUAGAAGAAACAAAACUUGUUAAGAAGUUCCUAAAGAGUUUACCGCGAAAGAAGUAUAUUCACAUCGUGGCUGCACUAGAACAAGUCUUGGAUCUUAAGACUACUGAUUUUGAAGAUAUCGUUGGCCGUUUGAAAGCAUAUGAAGAACGGGUAGCUGAUGAAGAAGAGCAAAAGGAGGAUCAAAGCAAAGGCAGAGGCCGAGGAAGAGGCUCCUAUAGAGGCAGAGGCCGAGGAAGGUACAAUGGAACAUAUAACGGAGCCAACAAUGGAUACAGAGACGCGUCCAAAGUUACAUGUUUCAGAUGCGAUAAAGUUGGGCAUUAUGUCAUGCAAUGUCCCGACAGGCUACUAAAACUGCAAGAGGUACAAGAAGCUGAAACGACCGAGACACAAGAGGCAGAUGAGCUCAUGAUGCACGAGGUUGUUUAUUUGAAUGAAGGAAAGAUAGUACCAAACAACUAUGAAGUCAACAACAGUGAAGAUAACGUCUGGUAUCUCGACAACGGAGCGAGUAACCACAUGAGCGGAGAUAGGAGAUAUUUCUCUUCCAUUGAUGACUCCAUCACAGGAAAAAUACGCUUUGGUGAUGACUCCCGCAUUGACAUCAAAGGGAAGGGAAUCAUAGAGUUUACGGACAGGAACGGUGAGCCAAGGAAGAUAACCGACGUGUACUACAUUCCAGAUCUAAAGAGUAACAUCAUUAGCCUUGGGCAGGCCACUGAAUCUGGUUGUGAUAUAAGAAUGAAGGAGAAACUCUAA